AUGAAGCCUUUUCGUAAAGUAUUUGAUUUUUUUUUUUAUUUAGAUAAUUCUAAAAGAAAAUUUGGUGGAAAGUAUGAUAAAAAUGACUCUUUUGGUGAAAAUUUAAUUAAAAGAAUUGAAAGCGAUUCAGAAAGGUCGAAUAUAUUAUCUGACUGUAUUGAAGCAACCAAUUAUAGAAAUAAUGAAAAUAGAAUGCAUGAAAUAUCUCAAAAUCCUCAGAUAGAAGAAAUCAUUCUAAAAACAAAUGAAAAGCAAAUAAAUAGAAUUAAUGAUCUUGAUCUGAAAACAUUCAAAAUUGUAGUAUCUAAUUUUGAAAAUAAUCCUAUUGUUUCAAAAAUGGUUGAAAAUUUUAAUUUGGAUAGUACAUUAAUAACGACAAGUUGUAAUAGUCCUUAUUCACUUAAAUCAUAUAAUCAAUCCAAGAAGGAUUUUGAAAUGAAAUUAAAUACAACUAAUAACACUCCAAUUACAACAUCUCUGGAUUUCCAAUCCGACGAAAACUCAAAAUCCUUGAGCAAUGUUUAUACUACAGAAGAAGAAAUGACUCGUGAAAAUAAGGAUGAAGAAAUUGACUUCUUAGAAUUACUAUUGGAGGAGGUAUUAAAUACAUUUAUGAAUAACUUACCAUAUCUUGCUUAUUGCAAAUUUUUGGAACUUUCUGAAUUUUUAUUUAGAAUUAUUGAAAAGAGAGUGGGAAUAGGUAAAUCUAUUGUUUUAGAAAUGAAUCUUAUAUUAAAUAAUAAAACGAGUAGUAAUAAUGUAAUUUCAAAUAAUUAUCAAAAUAGCAGCAACAAUACUACUCAAUCCACAUCAUCUUUCCAUAAUACACUAAAAAGCUUAAAGUUUGGCUCGAAUAGAAAUAAUACAGUGAAUAAUAAUAAUAAUAUCGAUUUUAAUAAAAGUAAAUUCCUUAUAGAACCAGUACAUUUAAAUAGAAAUGGAGUCCCAAUAAAGUUUUCAAAUGGAAAUUCUUCAAACUCACACAGCUCAUCAGGAACAGGAAGCUCAAGAAAAUGGAGAUACCAUAUCAGUAGUAGCUGUAGUAACGGUGGAAAUAAUGUUAGCAACAACUCUAAGUCAUCUAAAUCAGAUUCAACAUCUCAGAUGAAUUUAGGUUAUAAGAAAGCUAAACUUUUUUUGGAGUCUAUUUCCUUACUUCCAAAAAGAUCCGAAGAAAAUAAGGAAGCUGGUCAAAAUCAAAAAAGUAUAUUUAUAGAAGAUAUGGAAAACUUCAAACCAAACUUGAAUUCAAAGUUUGUUAGGCUGGAGGACUUUCCAUGUAUAAUAUUUUCACAAAAUUGUUUUCCAGUAAGUAAUAGUAAGUUCUCAUCCAUCAUAGACCGGAAUCUUGCAUUGGAAUUCUUAAAAUUCCCAACAGAAAUCAAGUGUUUGGGCUUAGAGCAGGAGUCCAGACUCUCUGAAUUUAUUACUAAAUUAGUUACCAAUAUGCAUAUCCACAGAUUGAGAUUUACAUUAUAUAAAUGUUCAACAAGUUAUACAGAUUUAGUAUUGGCUCUUAAAUAUAAGAAGAAACACUUAAAUAAUAAAAGUGAAGAGCAGUUUCGUCGCAACUUAGACGAACAAUUACAGAAUGAAAAAUCUAACAAACCAGAAAUUUCAAAUUCUGAAUGGAACUCGCUUGGUGAUUCUAAUUUAGGUAUGUGGUGGACUAUGGGUACAGAAUCUGAAUUUUUAAUAUUAUGCGACUAUAUAGUAAAUACUAAUCCGAUAAAUGUAGUUAGUAUUGUAAAUGAGUGUGAUUUACAUCUUAAAUGGGCUCCUUUUGUUACAAGUUCAGAAUGUUUAGCCUACAUUGGAUUAUAUAAUCAGCUUGUUCGUCACUAUUCAAAUAUGCCUUGGCCAAUUGGUCUUUGUCAAUGCUCGUUAUACUGUGUGGCUAUUGAUAUUAAUAGGCAAGAAGAAGAUGAUUCUGAGCCUUGUAUUAUUAUUACUGCGGUUUCUUUACCAGAAAAAGCUGAUUCAGUGUGUGGAAUUAAGGUUAAAGAAGCUCAAUCUAAUGCCUCAAAGCUCGAUAUUCUUUCUUUAUGUUUCGUAAUUCAAUCUGUGCCAAACUGUCCAUCUCAAACAAGAAUCUCAUUUCUUUCCAAAUCAAAUAUGCCAAUACCAAGUUUUGUACCAAAAGCAGUUCCUUCCUUUAUCGCAAAACAAAUCGGUAAAUCUUUUUUUAAUAAUAUUAUUAGUAUAAUUGAAAGGUUCAACUCUACACCUUUUUAUCAACGUAUCAAAUCAGAUACUGAGUUCUAUGAAUUUGUUAAAAAAAGAAUGAAUAUUCUAGAUGAUUCAAAAUUCGACUUUAUUCAAGAUCCUAGCCCAAUUAAAAAAAAAACUCAAAAAGAAAUUAAACAAAGAAAGGAACUAAAUGAAUCAUAUUCUAAGGAGGAUUUAAGAGAUUACCUCCACAAGAGUGGAAUUAACUCUUCACAAACUCAGAAUACAAAUCAUUUUAGUAACUCCUAUCAUAUAAAGGAGGCUAACCCCUUUACAAAUUUGGGAAACUAUUCUGUAGUAAAAACUAUGAUGAGAAUGUUUCCAAGCUUUUAA